GCUCCGGAGGGAUCUAUAAAAGAUGACAGUGUUGCAAAGAUCCUCACUUCAUCCGGGACCAACCUUGCUCUCUUAUCUAUCAACACUGAAGAUCAGAAGCAAAGCAAAAUGUCUAAGACUCAGCUGGAAAAAUGUUGCGACUGCAUCAUGGACGUCUUUCACAAAUAUUCCAUGCCAUUGGCCCAUCCUGACAAGCUCUCCAAAGGGGAGUUUGCCAAGAUGCUGAAGGAGCAGCUUCCAAACUUCAUUCAGAGCACUAAGAACACCGAGGCCAUGAACCGCCUUUUCAAUGAGCUGGACCAGAAUAAGGAUGGGGAGCUGUCCUUUGAGGAGUGGCUGACUCUGGUCGGGAGAUUCUUGGCCCAGUGUCAUGAAAACUUCCACCACAAGCACUGAGCCAGCGGCGGGAGGAUCCGAUGUCAUCAGAUCGCUUCUCCUCCCGGUCUAACCAGCGUCACCCCUUCGAGGCUUCUGGGCUCAGCCCUGGGGAGCCCAGAACAAUAAAGAGUUUAAUCUUCCCCAAAA